AUAGCAAUCACAAUCAACUUAAUCAUUUGAAAAAAAAGUCACCAACCACAAUCAUCCAAGUAUAAAAGUGAAAGUAAUCAUUAUGAUUUAGUGUUUAACGAUUGAUGGUUAACAAUUUAAUUUGAUUAUCAUUAUGGCUAUUAAAGUUUUCUCAUUCUAUUUUAUAAUCUUGUUAAUUUCUAAUUAUUUAAGUUUUAAUUGUAUCUUUUGUUGGAAAGUUGAUCCAGAUGAAGAUCGUGAUAUUGGUCAAGUUAUUGAAUCUCGAGGAUUCAUCAGUGAAACUCAUCAUAUCCGAACAGAAGAUGAUUACAUAUUAGGUGUUUAUCGGAUAAUUAAUCCACUUGUUGACAUUAAAUUGAUUGAAAAAAGAAAACCAAUUAUCCUUCAACAUGGACUGUUAAGUUCUGGUGCUGAUUUUAUAAUCUCCUCUCCUGAUGGAUCAAUUAAAGAUUGGGUUAACCAUGGAUUAGCUGACAAUGAUAUUGACAAUAUUUUAGCCAAUGACGUUAAUAUAAAUGAAACAAUUAACGAUCCAAUUGGUAACAAUUUAGGUUUUGUGUUGGCCAAUUUGGGUUAUGAUGUUUGGAUAUCUAAUUCUCGAGGUAACAUUUACUCAAGAAAUCAUUCAUUUCUUAAUCCAGACAAAGAUUCAAAGUUCUGGGAAUUCACUUUCGAUGAGAUGAUUACUUAUGAUACUCCUGCAAUUAUCCAUCAUGUGCUGAAUGAAACUCAAUCAGAUUCCAUUGGUUGGAUUGGACAUUCACAAGGAACUCUUUUAAUGUUUGGCCUUCUCUCAAUCAAACCCGAAUACUCGAACCUGAUAAAACCUUUUAUCGCAUUGGCACCGGUCGCACGGGUUGACCAUUUACAGUCACCUAUUCGUAUGUUGGCCAAGAUCGAACCCGCUGUUCAAUUUUUACGCUCCCAUGGUGGUGAAUUUCUGUCCAAUAAUCGUUUCAUUCGUUACCUUAAACGUACUCUUUGUACACCACCAUUUCACUUUAUCUGUUCUAAUACAUUGUUCCUGCUAAUGGGCUACGAUUCAACGCAAUUAAAUGUAACCCGAUUACCCGUUUAUGCGGCCCACGAUCCUGCUGGUACUUCAUCUUGGAAUAUGGUUCAUUUCUGUCAAAUGAUCAAUCAAAGGUCAUUUUCUCGAUUCGAUUUAGGUUUAAAAAAUAAUCUUCGUAAAUACGGUUCACCUCAUCCACCCGAAUAUCCUUUAGAUAAAAUUAAUUCGACUCAUAUCGCUUUUCUUUAUUCAUCAAAUGACCUGCUCGCUGACCCUCAAGAUGUCUCACUACUUAAAUCACUUCUCAAAGUACCGUUAUUCCGAGAUUAUUUGGUACCAUUUGAGAAAUGGAAUCAUAUGGAUUUUACUUAUGCAAUGCAAACGGGUUAUUAUAUCAAUCGAGUAGUUAUCAAUAUACUUCGUGAAUUUGAUGCCUGGUAGUUCAUCGAAUAUCGAGAAUCCAAUUCAAUUUUUAUCGUUUCUUUGAUCAUCAUUUAUCUAAUAUGCAUUCUAAUCUUAUUUCAUCCGCAUCGUUAUUAUUUUUCUUUGUUUUUAUUUAUUAAUACAUUGUGAUAGUACCAAGAAUUGGUCAAUAGUUACCAAGUAGCUAAAAAGCUCUGACAAUUUGUAAAAUUGACGUGAAUGCCUAUAAAAUAAGACGAUCUUUGAUAGAUCCUUUGUUUCCAA